AUGGGCACCCGGCAGACCAAGGGCAGCCUGGCGGAGAGGGCCAGCCCCGGCGCGGCUCCCGGCCCCCGCCGGGAACGGCCCGACUUCUGGGCGUCGCUGCUGCUGCGCGCCGGGGACAAGGCGGGGCGCGGCGGCGCUGGGCUGCCCCCCUACCACCGGCGCGUCGGCAUGGUCCAGGAGCUGCUGCGGAUGGUGCGCCAGGGACGGCGGGAGGAGGCGGGGACGCUGCUGCAGCACCUGCGCCAGGAUCUGGGCAUGGAGUCAACCUCACUGGAUGAUGUUCUGUAUCGCUAUGCCAGCUUCCGGAACCUGGUGGACCCCAUCACACAUGACCUUAUCAUCAGCCUCGCCCGCUACAUCCAUUGUCCCAAGCCGGAAGGAGACGCACUAGGUGCCAUGGAGAAGCUAUGCCGACAGCUGACCUAUCACCUCAGCCCCCACUCUGAGUGGAGGCGGCACCGAGGGAUGGUGAAGAGGAAGCCACAAGCCUGCCUCAAGGCCGUCCUGGCUGGGAACCCUCCAGACAAUACAGUGGACCUGUCUGGCAUCCCACUGACCUCCCGUGACCUGGAACGAGUGACCAACUACCUGCAGCGCUGUGGGGAGCAAGUAGACAGCGUGGAGCUGGGCUUCACGGGCCUCACAGAUGACAUGGUCCUGCAACUGCUGCCAGCACUCAGCACCCUGCCCCGCCUCACCACACUAGCCCUCAAUGGCAAUCGGCUGACCCGGGCUUUGCUCCGUGACCUUACUGACACCCUGAAGGACCCCAGCAAGUUCCCCAAUGUCACAUGGAUAGAUCUGGGCAACAAUGUGGACAUCUUCUCUUUGCCCCAGCCCUUCCUGCUCAGCCUGCGCAAGCGGUCUCCCAAACAGGGACACCUACCCACCAUCCUGGAACUGGGCGAGGGGCCAGGCAGUGGGGAGGAGAUUCGGGAAGGGACAUUGGGCCAGGAGGACCCUGGAGGGGGCCCUGUGUCACCUGCCAAAGACCACCUAGAGGGCAAAGAGGCUGUGACUCAGACAUGACAUGUAAGUGGUAAGCCUCACCAGGGAGUCUAUAGAGCAGGAUGGCUGAGGCAAGUUAGGGGCUCCUCCCAUCAGGAGGCUGGGGAUACAGCAGCCUCCCCCCCCACCCAGAAGAGCAGACCCUAGUACUUGGGAAAGAGGGAUUAGUGCACUACUUCCCUUUGGUCCUUUCCAUCUCUCCUAUAAAUCCCAGCAUCUGCCUUCUGGCUCACCCCUAGCUCUAGGGGCUCCAGGUACCCCACAACUCAGUACUUGGCUUCCUCAGAUUUUGGAAAAGCAUAGGUUUGGAGAUGAUGAAGCUUGAGCCAAUGUUACCAAGAGCUUUUCUCCAAACAGCAGACAGGCCCCUGCCAUCCCAGUUCUGUAUUGCCCUUGUCCUACAUGGGGAAGCAAAUUCCACCCAGAUGUUAAGUCCAACUUAAUGAGGUUGGAGCCUAGUUCUUAACUAUGCUAAGCAUGGACUUAAGGAAGGUGCUCUUCUUGCUGGGUCUCAGGCUUGGAACUGACUUCCCACAUUUUAGCUUCCAGGUCCAGGGACCUGCUCCUAAAACCAGCUCUCACCACACCUUGAAAUAUUUAGAGCAUCCUGUGGUGACAAGUGCCUAUGCACACAGGCAUGCAUGGGAAAACCCAACAGAAAUCUUGAUCCUUAGCCAGCAUUGUUAUUCACAGGCUGAGGAAUUACAAAUUUGAAGACAGCUCAAACUUGUAUGCAAAGGAUGUUUGCUCAAUAGCAGACCACUUGCCUACCACUUGAAGGUCUGUCUUCAACCCCCUAAAAUCCCAGGACCAGUGAGCCUAUGGAGGUUACCAAGAUAGCUGUUAAGGAGAAAACUGGAAACCAAGAGCCUAACUCACCUGGUCCACUGCCCCAUACUCUACUUUUAAACCCAAGUAACCCCUAGACCCAUGCCCAGAGACUGGGAGCAAAUGAAUUCUCAAAACUAGAUUCAAUCACAAUAUUGAGGCAAGCAAGUAUAGGGAAGCAAAGCCUCACAAGAUCAGCAUUAGCUACAAGUGACCCCUGGCAAAUAGAAAAGAUCACACCCAGGAAGGAAAUAGACUAUGGGCAGCAGGGAUUGGCUGGAAUCAAGUAUGAAUGCCUUAAACGCUUUUGGAUAUUUUUCCCUGUAAGUCUAUAGUUGUUAA